AUGGGUAAAACAGCAAUAAUGAUUUUACAAGAGUUAGGAAUGAAAGAGGGCUUCUUACCAGUUUACACAUUGCUUUCUUCACAAACUGGUAAGCAAAUAAAUGUAUUUACUUUUAAAGUACAAUAUAAAGAGUUCUCAGCAACUGGACAAGCUUUGAAUAAAAAAGACGCGAAGCAGAAAGCAGCUCAGAAUAUGUUAACAUUAUUGGAAGACCCAAAUGAUAUUUCCAAGACCAAACCACUAUCAUCAUCAAACGACAUUUAUCCUGAUACUUCCCCUUCUACAUCAAGACAAGCUUUGCUAGAUUCAACAUUAAUGCAUGAAGACCUUAAAAAUUAUGUUGGAUCUUUGCAAAAAUACUGUGUAGAAAAUAAAUUAACGCAGGCAGAGUAUCAAAUUACUGACAUAACUGGCCUAGCACACGAACAAUUGUUUACUAUGUCCUGUACAGUAGGGUCAGUAACUGAAGAAGCAACAGGAACUACAAAAAAGCAAGUCAAACAAAGAGUAUCAAAAAAGAUAUUAGAACGUCUCACAAAUACUAAUAAUCCGUCAAUUGCAAACAAAGAUGAAUUUGGAUCUUAUAAUCCUUUUGAAGACUGUGACGAGUUGUCUGACAUAGACAAUGAUGUUUUUGACGAGUUAAGUUUAAAAGUAGAAAAUUGUAAACUAAACGAAACCGAAGCUCAAGCAAAUAAGAAAAAAAAAUUUCCAGAUGCAAACGUCAAGAGUUACCGAGGACAAAUACUUCGAAAUGAAGUUAUUGAUUUCCAAAAUUAUCAUUCGUUCUUCAAACAGUAUGUUUACCAUACUGUUUGUAAUCGUAGCGAGGAAAAAUUCAUGGAAAUAUUUAAUACUGUCAAGAGCUUUAAGACAAAUUUUACAGAUAUAGAGAAAUGUGACAUCGUAACUUUAACUUCUCUGGAACAGGAGAUUUUAACUUAUAUUGAAGAGAAAAUCAAAUUAUCCAUAGAAAAAAAGAUUAUAGGUUCCAAAGAUCCAUCGCUACAGUUAACUGUUUUUAGAAUAAAUGCUCCUUUACCUAUAACUCAAAUUGGAGCGCAUAACAAUUCGUUGGUUGCAGGAGCAAUAGCUCUAGCUAAUAUUCUUGACACUAUUAUAACAUUCUUGGAGUAAAUAUAAAUGUCUCAUUUCUUACAGUUGUUCUUACAAUUCUACGUUGUGACAUUUACUUUUUGAUACUAUAAUUUAUAUAUGUCGAUAUCACAAUUUAUACAAUCGUAAUUGUGUUCGUAAUUGUGAUAACAAUCGUGACAAUAAUCGUGAUCGUGAUCGUAGUCGUAUUCGUAGUCGUAGUCGUAGUCGUAAUCGGACUCUUAAUGUUAAUCUUAAUCUUAAUCUUAAUCUUAAUCUUAAUCUUAAUCUUAAUCUUAAUCGGAAUCAGAAUCGUCGACGUGAUCGUGAUUGUAGUUGUAGUUGUAGUUGUAGUCGUAAUAGUGCUCGUGCUUUUAAUCGUGAUGUGAUCGAAGUCGUAGUCGUAGUCGUAAUCAUGAUAGAUGUAACCGUUGUUGUAAUUGCAACGUAAUCGUAAUAGUAAUCAUCUGUAAUUACUUUUAUUUAAGUUACUUUUAUUUAGUUAUUAUUUUAAUUGAGUUACCCUAAAAAAGAUU